AUGGACAAGCUGCCUGUGGAAAUUCUCACUAAAAUCAUUGACUACCUUACUCCACCAGAGCAGGUACAGCUGCAGUCCGUCUCGAAACGAUUCUUUGCUCUCGCCCGCGAUAACAUCGUCUGGCGGCUACACUGUUACGAGAACACAUGGGCCGCGUUAUCCGCCACGCGCCCGAGAAAUGGAGCUUCUGAGGGCAUCGGCUCGAAUUCCACAGCGUCUUUAAGUUCGCUGGGACAGCCGCCCCUCCGAUCACUGAUUCAACCUCGGUCAAACGAUGCGGAGACACAGGACCAGCCGCCGUCCUUUGGCGAGAGGGCGAGAGCCGCCGCCGCUUGGGAUCCUUCUACCGAAGGGGAAAACGUCGAUUGGUACUCGGAAUAUAUCGCUCGACAUGGCCCUAUUUCACUAAGCUGGCUUCAACAACCUUUCUCUAAGACGCCUGGUGGGGGUAAGACGUAUCUCGAAGUGAAGGGAAUGGGACUGUUGAAGGAUUGGAGCUCCGCCAGGCAGAAUAAAGUGGUGUCGCCGUUAGGUGAUGGAAGUGUCUGUGUUUGGGAUCUGAAUCACUCCCAUGCGAUUGGAUCUCGGUUUACGAAGGGCAGCAUACUGGGAAAGAGUGCGCCAGGGAUUUUGACGGUGGAUAUGUCGAAACGACAGGAUAAUGCUGCGGCAAAAUCGGCACUCGAGUUUAUCAAUCUAGGGGAGUGUGUCAGCGUCGAUUCGCUUCGCCAAAGGGCUUAUCUAGCCGUCGGACAUGUUCUGAACGAAGUCGACCUCGCAACGCUACAAGUGAUCUCUCAACAAAGGUAUCCGUGGUCGGUGUUUGCCUUGUCACAGGAAACGGAUUACUCUGUGCCGCUGACUGUAGCGACUACACUCAGUCUUCAUAUCUACGACGGCAGGCUGUCCAAAAUUGAGGAGGAAGAAACGAUCAACCUGCGCUGUGAGGAGCCGACGGUAGCACUCGUUCCGGAAUCUCUGAUUUUUACGCCUCCAGACUCGCCUCUUUUACAGUUCCAGCCCAAUGGCAGGCCUCCGCAUCGCAUUCGGAGCCCCGACCUUUCGGAGACGAGUGAUAAUUAUGCCCCCUUGUUUCAGCCGGGUCCUCUUGCGGUUCUACAUGCUCCCGCCCCGCACGUGAAUUCGAUCUUCCUUGCGGGGCGUUUUCCAAGUAUACUGCAGUACGACCGCCGAUAUUUCCCUAGAUUACAGAAUACAGUCCACUCAGGUGGACGGCUUUGUGGUCUUGUCUCAGUCCCUGCCCCUCAGUUUCCUGUAUCUUCUGGCUCAAAGUACCCCGAGUCUCACUCGGUUGUGGCGUGCGGGGAAUACAAUGGAAAAGGAUCCCUCGAACUGUAUCGUCUUACUCCUUCAGGGAAUAUUGACACAAACGGGCCAUCAGCCUGCUCUUCGACCCUCAACACGGCUUACCAGAACCGACAGAGUGCGGCCCGCUCAAAGAUCCUGUCUGUCCAAUCACAUGGUACGCGACUUGUCUAUUCUGACGGAGAUGGGAAUAUCAAGUGGGUUGAGCGCGAUGGGCGCACUGAGGUCCGCCGUCUCAACAUCAACUCAUAUCGGCCACCUACAGCAACAGCAUUCAACCCAAGCACGAAUUCUGGGACUCAUAUCGGUGAGGACCCCAAUGAUGCAGCUGGACUCUGGGCUAGCGUAUCGCGCGCUCAGAAUGAAGGAGACGUUGCUCGCAAAGUGCUUCCGACAGGCGGAAACCUUACAGGAGACGAGCUUCUCGUCUGGACAGGAGAUCGCCUAGGUCGCAUUCGAUUUUCAGAUACCCCGGAUACAGAAGACGUUGGUGAAGAUGAUGAGAUGUCUCUAGACGGAGAAGUCGACGAGGGCGUACGAGAAGAGGCUCGGUCUAGAAAGCGUGAACUACAGGCACGCGAAAGAGAGUAUGCGAAGAUGAUGCGAAGGGCACUUGAAACCCAAGCUGAUGAGGUGCGGAGAAUGGGAGAUUUUGGUCUCUGA